UGUUUACACCACAACGUGACAGAACUGUGAAGGCAUGAGAGUUCAGUUAUUGUAGAAGUCGCUAAAUUUCUGUGUGUUAGUCAUUUAAAAAAAAAUGAAAAAAAUGGGUAAAAAGCGCAGCAGUGAAGACUCGGCUGAGUCCGAAACUCCGCUGAAGAAAGAAAAGGUUCCGGAGUUUAAUGGAACUGCGUUUAAAGCCAUGCUGAAGGAACCCACCACAGCCAUGAAGGGCCUGGAGACAUUCAUAUCAACAGCUCAAAAGCUGCCUUCUCCAGACCUGUAUGAUGUGGUUGAAGGUUAUAUAAAAAUCUCAAUGGAGUGUGCGGAAAUAUUCAAACUGCUAGACAGAGGCAAUCUUAUAGAGAGUGAGAUGAUGCUGAUUUUUGAGAGCCUGGAGAUGAUUCUUCUGAGGACAGCCAGUGACUUGUCUCACUUCAGCAUGGUCGGCAAUGCUAUCGUGAAAAAGACAGUUUCAAACUACAUGAAACUUCUGCAGGGAUCUUUCCAUUCGGAAAACCACAGGUUUGUUCGACAGUGCCUCAGUCUCCUGUCCGCCUUAGUGUCUCAGGGUCCCGAAGCUGCCAGAGAGGUCCUGAGUCACAUUCACAUCAACAGAGUCGUGUCUGGACUGGCAAAAAGACGGGAUAAGAAGGGAAAACCGGAUGUCCGCAUGGCUUUUAUCCAGUUCGUACUGUCCUUUCUGGUAUCGGGAGAUAACGCUACAGUCGGACAGCUAUUGGAAAUCAAGGAACUCCUGCCGGAGAUCCUGAGUACAGGUGUGAAGGAGGACAGGUUGUCUAUCGUCAAUCUCAUUUUGUCUACGCUGAAGACGAGAGUCGUCCUAAACAAGGGCAUCACUAAAACACAGAAAGUGCGUUUUUUCACACCUGUCGUCAUGGCCAACGUAGCCUCUCUGUAUAAGUGGAAUGGAAUCGUGGACGCAACCACUGAUGAUACCAAAGUGGAAGCCGACUCGGAGCAUGCUGGGACAUCUGUAGUCAGGGAACUUGUCCACAGUUUCUUUCUCGACCUGUGCUGCUCUCGCAAACACGGUAUCAGCUUUCACGACGCGAGCUUUGGCACGGCCGGCAGGGUGGGAAACAUUGUCUUGCUUCAGUUCUUGGUGGGACUGAAACAGGCCACAGAGGAUGUGUUGGUGGCAGAGCUGGUGGUUAAUGUGCUGAAAGGGAGUCCUGACAUUCUGGCCAGGUACUUUCAGGAGACUCAGUUUUCAUACACCCCCCGCCUCAAAAGUGCUUGGCAGGACAAUGUGAAGCUGCUGAAAAAGAUUUACGAGGCCCAGCCAGAUAUCACCGCAGUCUUUCAAGCUCGUGAGGUCACCCCCCUCCCGCGCCUCCUCUCCAUGAUUAUGGUGAUAUCUGUACCUCCGGUUUGUAACAAGACCUUCUUCACACAGGGCCUCAGUCUUGCCAACACAGCAGUGCAGCUCACAACUCUGUCCAUGAUGAAUUUCAUCCUGAAAAGAGCCAAAACCAACAUCGAGUACCUUUUGGAUAAAUCCGAGGGCCUCGGCUCAGAUGUUUACUCCCCCGACACGAUGGAGGACUUGGCGCAGCAGUACAGGGAGACACUUAGCAAGAUUUUACCUGAUAUGACGGGCAUAGUCUCAAAGUGGCAGUCAAUAAGCAAGAAGGAAAAGACAGACGGUGGAGAUAAAAAGAAUAGAACUAAAGGCGGUGCUGAACAGACGGAUAACAAAAACGAAGCUCCAGCUGCUGAGACGGCCGAGGUGAUCCUGCUGAAGGCUCUGAUUCUUCAGGUCAUAUGUCUGUACCAGAAAGUAGUGCCUCAUCUGGUUAGUCAGUGCAAGUUUGACUUCAGCAAGCUCCUGAAAGGGAUUGUGUCCGAUAAAGGCAUGAGGGAGGAAGUCCCCCCAGUUUUGCAGUAUCAGAUACUGCAGUUAGCCUUAGAUCUACCUGCUAGCAAGUUCUCCUGGUUUCGCUUACAGGAUGUUGCAGACACAGAAUCAUCAUCUGGAGAGAAGUCAGUACUGUACCUGCUUCUGAAGAUGUUUGUCAGCAGCAGCAGCAGCCACCUGAAAAGCUCAAUGAGGAUGCUGGUUCUUAAAGUGCUAAAGGACAGUGGAGUGUUUGAGUACACCUACAAUGAGCUUGAGCUCUGGCUCGACCAGCUGGCCAGAGUAGAAUCAAACCAACAAGAGACAGUCAUUCAGUUCCUGGAGAGGGUGAUAGGGAAAUUGGUGAGUAAUUCUCACACAUACACCGAUAAGGUUGCCAGCCUGGUGCAGGAGGCCGCUUACCUGCAGGCUAACCUGAGCAGCCAGGAGGGCGACACUGCCAGCACCCCGGUCUCACACAUCGAUGAUGUGUUAGACAUGCUGGAUGUCAUUAUGGAGGGAAAUGACGGGGAGAUGGAACAGUUUGGGCCAGCUCUGAGCGAAGACCUCAUUAUCCAGACCUUCCCCUUCAGUGCGGCGGUGCCCGCAGCCCUGGAGGUCCGCAACAAACUGUCAGCAGAAAAGGCGGUGGUACACGAGUACUUGUCUGCCGUGCUUUCCGAUGUGCUGCAUUGUCAGAGGGAGCCGCUCCCCCUCUGUCUGGCUCUGCUGCAGUACGAUAAAGAGCUCGUAACCUCAGAGCUCUCGUCUUCUCCUCAUCCCUCCAUCAUUCAUCUUCAUCGCUAUUACUCCAAAUGGCUACCACAGCAGUGCCGGGAGGAACUGUUCAAACCCUCUGAAAGUCAAACAACAGGAUCAUUGACCCCUUCUUCAUUCACUGAACUGAUGAAAUCUGCGUAUAGCCGAGGACUGAGCCCUUUGCUUGAGGAUUCCUUCAGGAAGGAUGUGGAAGAAAGUCUGGCUCCCAUGUUGAUGGUUGAGUUUCCCGUGGCAAUCAAGCAGCUCUUGCUCUACAUAAAGUCUACGGUGGAAAGCCUUGGCACAUUCUCCAAAGACACAGGAACUGCUCUUCUGAGGACCUUAAUGCAAAUACUCCAGGACAUGGUGUCCAAGCUACAAGGCUUUCAGGAGACCCAAAACUCUGAGGCCACAGAGAGCUUCCAAGAAGGAUCAGAUCUCUUUCUGGAGAUCAACCAGAUGUCCAUGGUAGAAGCCAAUAAAGAGCAGGUCCUUCUGUCUGCACUCGGCUCCAUCUUCAAGCAUCCAUGUUUGGAGCAGUGGUUUCUGGCUUUGGAGCUGGCUGCUCUGCCCCCUCACACUCUGAACCCUGUCCGACUUAAACAUCUGUGUGCUCAGCUGAAUGAUGACAUAUUGGCCCUACUGAAGACCAGCACUCCCACUCUGUGCGAUCUGGGUCACCUGGAUCUUGUUUGCAGCUACAUGGGGGCUAUAGAAAGAGCUGUGGUCAAGGAACUAAUGGAGAAGGGCUCAGAGGCUGAAACGAAACAGUCGAGACCUUUCCAGGCCCUCCUGUCACUGCACAGCUGCAUGGACUCCUGUUAUCUGAGGGAGGUGGUCUCCAAGCUGCUUCUCCUCCCCCAGGAAAGCCUAAUCUCCUCCAGAAGUGAGCGCACACAAUCUGAGCUGAGUGUCUACGGUAAUGCAGCAGUGCAGAUCUUGACAGAGUCCAAAGCUAACUCUACCCAGGAUCGCAGCAUCUUUCUGACUCAGGCACACCUCCAGGGCCUGGGCACCCUGCUGAUGUCGUGCUCCAGCCCCGCGCUGGAGGCCUUCCUCCUGCAGACUCUGUCCAGUGAGCCGGGCAGUGCCAAGCUUAUCCGCACAGACUUGCUGCUGCAUUGUCUCAAGCAGCCUUGCUCAGACACUCUGGCCAUCAGCUCUCUGCUGCUGCAGAACUGCUCCACACACUGCCUUGCAUUUGAAAUGUGGUGCCUCGAGCAAACAAACAUGGAGAAGCUGUCGGACCAGAGAGAAACAUUCCUUCCACUAAUCAAUGCCUACCUAAAGAUGGCAGAAAGAGAGGAUCCUUCAAGGCCUAAGGAUGUGCAAAAAGAAGCUUUGAAAGCUUUGAAGCGAGCGCUUUUCUCCGAAUUGUCCCAGUGUGCUCUGGGAGAGCUGACAGAAGACUCUGGAGCACGAAUAACUGAAACACUUGCCAGUCUGAUCAAACUCUCUGCAGACCUCAAGGACACUAGAGACUUGAUCACAAAUCUGCCCUCUGCUCUUCAAAAAGUGGACAGUUUUGAAAGAUGGCAACUCGUUGAUGUCAUCACUGAGAAACUGUCUGAGUGCCCAGAGGAAAAAGAUACCUGGAGGAAGUCUGUCACCAGUGCUGCCAUCAAGUGUCUCAUCUCAGCUUACAGUCGCUCUAAAGAACAGACUUCUUCCCUGUCAGAACAGGAGCAGGCCAUCCUGGGAAAACUGCAAGAACUUCUUCUGUCUGCUGAAGACAUUUCUGCAUCUGAAUGGAACAGUCUUGUUAAGAAUGGACUGAAAUAUCGCUACAGAGAUCCCCACUUCCUGAACACACUGAGCAGCUUGUUGGAAAUGAUGUACAGCGGCAGUGAGGUCCAGAAGGAUCUGAUACCUUUAUCCACCCUUUACAUGAUGAUCAGCAGCCAUUCUCUGUUCCUGCCCACCAUGUUGGACUCUGAUGACGAGCCUAGCAGGUGUCAGGCGAAAGGAUCAUUGGUGUCCCUUCUUCUGUGUUUGGUGAAGAAGUGUCCUGCUGUUUGUAACACCAAUCACUUUGUUGUUCUUCUCGGAGCCUACGGAGUGACACUGAGUACUACAGAUCAGAAACUGUUACUGCUGCUUCACGAAUAUGAAAGAAACAACGUCAGUCUGCUGAAAUUUCAAUCCUUCCUGUGGGGUCCAGCAGCUGUGGAGCAUCACAAGACCAGGAAAAGCCUGGGAGCGUCUCUGUGGAAGCAGGCAAGCUCAGACGACCUGCUGGCCCUGCUGAAACCCGACAUGAUGCUGCAAACUAUUGCACACUUCCCCCAACACCGUAAAAUCAUCCUGCAGAGCGAUAAGCAGCUACUGUUCUCCAACAAUGCAGUAAAGGACAUCGGGGAUUUGUAUGAUCCCUGUUUUCUUUUGCCUCUAUUCAGCGCCAUCCUGGGGCCAGAGUGCGUGAUCGACUGCAUCAAGUUUAUAUCCAGCCAUGCCCUGGGAGUUACUGUGAUGGCUCUAAGUAGCUACGACUCAAAAGUGAGAGCGGCUGCGUAUCAUGUGCUGAGCUGCUUCUACCAACACCUUGAGGGGGCUCGCUUCAGAGAGAAGAGACAGUUGCUGUACUUGAUGGAUACAGUGAAGAAUGGAAUCCGACAGCAGAAUCAAAGGCUUCCAUUUGUUCUGACCUCUUACGUCACUAAAGUGGCUCAGCAGAUGCUCAAACCUGAGGACCACAUGUAUGUGGUGUUAAACAGGUUCCUGCUGUCCCAUCAGAGUUUGGACUUCAGAAAAGUCCCUGAGUUCUUCAAGCUUUUUUAUGGCUUUGACUUGGAGCACAAAACGGAACGAGAGUGGAUCCUGAGUGUGCUGGAGGAAGGCCUAAGUGAUGCACAGUGCUAUGAACUGUGUAACCAACAAGGCAUCUUUCAGACUCUUUUAGGCUUCAGCAGCAGCCCCCUGUGUGAUGAACCUGCACAGACACAGAUUAUCAGGGUGUUGUCCAAGGCGGCCCGUGUGACCAAAGCUGCUUAUAACCUCACCAAGAGCUGUGGACUCCUGUCAUGGAUAAUACAGAUGGUUGAAAAAAGGAAUCUCAACCAGCAGCUGCUUGCUGCCAUCGUAGAUCUGCUCCAUGUGCUGUGGUUUACUAACCUUGGGCAGAAAGAGAAGCAGGUGGAUGGAGGUGGGACCUUCUCAUCUUCAGAGGAGAAACCUCAGCGCUCUGCAAAGUGUCUUCCACUCCCACUCAUCAGUGAAUUCCUUUGUGUGGCAUCAAGUGUCAGCAGACACCUCAGAUUGCGUGUGAAGGCCACACAGCUCAGCCUGUUUCUGCAGACUCUUUGCUCUAUACUGAAGCAUCGUGGGACGGCUCUCAAUGUGAGACAACAGGCGGACUGGCUCACACUGCAACCGCAGCUUCUCUCUUGUACUGACGCCCUCACUCUGCUACUCUGCUGGGCCUCCCUGUCCCGCAACACAGCACUCCUUACCCAGAUACAAGCUGUGUCUGAAAAGCACAAAGUGAAAGAGUUGUUGGGGAUUGGGAAGGAUAAGGCCCGUGGUAAAGGCUCUGUUUCCAAGACCCGUACAAAACAAGAGAAUCUGGCAGAGGACGCUGAGACUGAGAAACAAGAACAGAGUCUCCUGACAGAGUGUAAAUCUUACCUCAGCAGUAUCUUCGUUCACUGGCAGCCUGUGUUUCCCUUCACUGAACCCCAGUUAGCUCAGCCAAGAGACAAACUGGGUCCCAGUGGGUUGGCCGGUGAUACUGCACACCUGCUUACCAAGUGGUCCCUGAGGUGCUUGGUGGAGGAUGUGUAUGAUGAAAACAGAACCAAAGAAUUCCUGCAGUGGGUUGAAAAGGUUGUGGUUGAGCACAGGGGAAGUGUUGACAUUGUGUUACUUGAUCCUGGCUGGAAAGCAGACCUUCUUCGACUCUACCAUCAGACCCUUCAGGCUCAGUAUCACUCCAGCAUUUCAACAAGAGUGGAAACCUGCCAGCUUUUCACCAAGAUUAUGAUGCACUUCCUGGAGAGCCAAGGCCACCUUCCAGAGCUGCACCAGGUAGUCGUCUCUGCCUGCCUGCCAGAGGCCUCGGACGAUCAGUGUAGACGUGAAGCCGGACUGCGUCUGUUGUCAUUAUACAUCCAUGAGUUGUGGAGUGGAGCAGCAUCAACCGACCUGUUCCUGUCUCAUAUCGGUUUGGUGACCAGAGCCAAGUGCAAGAAACAGAAAGCAUCCAAAUCAUCAGUGCCUCCAUCAGCCAUCAGAGCCAUCUGUAAUGACAUCAUCACCAUGAAGAGAUAGAUCAAACCCGUGAACACUACCGUGUUCUUCGUUUAAGAUUACUGGUUAUAAGAUAAUCUUGUAGUCGUUCAUUUUACUGCUUUUUUUGUUUCACGUAAAAGACUGAAGUUAUUUUAUAAAAGCUGUUAUAAAAUGUUGAUUUACAAAUCUGUCACAAA